UUUAAUAUAUUCAGGCUAGGUUGUGGAAGACCAAAUAGUAGAAGAAUACUAUGGCCGUUUCUAUGAGAGAUUUGGAUCCAGCUUUCAAAGGAGCUGGACAAAAGGCUGGACUUGAAAUAUGGCGUAUUGAGAAUUUUAAUCCGGUUCUCAUCCCUCAGUCUUCUUAUGGGAAGUUUUUCACCGGGGACUCCUAUGUGAUCUUGAAGACAACUGCUUCAAAAAGUGGUGCUUUGCGCCAUGAUAUCCAUUACUGGCUUGGUAAAGACACCAGUCAGGAUGAAGCUGGUGCUGCUGCCCUUAAGACAGUUGAGUUGGAUGCAGCUCUAGGAGGACGUGCUGUUCAGUAUCGUGAAGUACAGGGUCAUGAAACUGAAAAGCUCCUUUCUUAUUUCAAACCAUGUAUCAUACCUCAAGAAGGUGGAAUUGCCUCAGGUUUCAAACAUGUUGAGGCUGAAGAACAUAAGACACGACUGUUUGUAUGCAAAGGGAAACAUGUUGUACAUGUCAAAGAGGUUCCAUUUGCACGAUCUUCACUCAACCAUGAUGAUAUUUUUAUUCUGGACACUGAGUCCAAAAUCUUCCAAUUUAACGGUUCCAAUUCAUCUAUUCAAGAAAGAGCUAAAGCAUUGGAAGUUGUACAGUAUAUUAAGGAUACCUACCAUGAUGGAAAAUGUGAGGUAGCUGCUAUUGAGGACGGAAAGCUGAUGUCUGAUUCUGAAACUGGAGAAUUCUGGGGUUUCUUUGGGGGCUUCGCUCCUCUUCCUCGGAAAACAGUCAAUGAUGAUGAUAAGCCUGCUGAUUCUCAUCCUCCAAAGUUGCUUUGUGUCGAAAAAGGGAAGGCAGAUCCUAUUGAAACUGAUUCUUUGACUAAGGAAUUACUGGACACAAACAAAUGCUAUAUUCUAGAUUGUGGGUUGGAAGUGUUUGCGUGGAUGGGAAGAAACACAUCUCUUGAUGACAGAAAAAGUGCAAGCAGAGCUGCAGAUGAGUUAGUCAGUGUUACUGAUCGACCAAAAUCCCAAAUAAUCCGUAUAAUUGAAGGAUUUGAAACAGUGAUGUUCAGGUCCAAGUUUGAUUCUUGGCCUGAGACAACUCCUGUAACAAUGUCUGAAGAUGGUCGCGGCAAGGUAGCAGCACUUCUAAAACGUCAAGGAUUGGAUGUCAAGGGUCUUUUGAAAGCUGAUCCAGUAAAAGAAGAACCUCAACCUUACAUAGAUUGCACGGGACAUUUGCAGGUUUGGCGUGUGAAUGGUCAGGAAAAGAUUCUUCUUCCAGCCACUGAUCAGUCAAAGUUUUAUAAUGGAGAUUGCUACAUCUUUCAGUAUUCAUAUCCUGGAGAAGAUAAGGAAGAGCAUCUGAUAGGAACAUGGAUUGGAAAUAAUAGCGUUGAGGAAGAAAGAGCUUCAGCUCUUGCACAAGCAAGCAAAAUGGUUGAGUCAAUGAAGUUUCUUCCUUCCCUGGCUCGUAUUUAUGAAGGCAGUGAACCAAUUCAAUUUCAUUCCAUCCUCCAAAGCUUUAUUGUUUAUAAGGGUGGACUUAGUGAUGGAUACAAGAAUUACAUUGUGGAGAAGGAAAUUCCAGAUGAGACAUACAGCGAGGAUGGUGUUGCAUUAUUCCGCAUCCAGGGCUCUGGACCGGACAAUAUGCAAGCUAUACAAGUUGAAUCGGUUGCAUCCUCCUUGAAUUCCUCCUAUUGCUACAUACUACAUAGUGGGGAUACUCUUUUUACUUGGUCUGGAAGUUUUACAACUUCAGAUGACCAGGAACUUGUUGACAGAAUGCUGGAUUUCAUCAAGCCGGAAUUACAAUGCAAACCACAAAAGGAAGGUGCAGAAUCUGAACAGUUUUGGGAUUUGUUAGGAGGAAAAUCCGAAUAUCCCAGUCAAAAGAUUGUGCGGGAUGAUGAAAAUGAUCCUCACCUGUUUUCUUGCAACUUCUCGGAAGGAAAUUUAAAGGCGAAAGAGAUAUACAACUUUUCCCAGGAUGAUUUGAUGACAGAAGAUAUUUUCAUCUUGGAUUGUCACUCUGAAAUCUUUGUUUGGGUAGGCCAGCAGGUUGAUCCCAAGAGUAGAAUGCAGGCUCUAACAAUUGGUGAGAAAUUUCUUGAGCAUGAUUUUCUUCUAGAAAAAUUAUCUCGUUUAGCUCCAAUAUAUACUGUCAUGGAAGGUAGUGAGCCAGCUUUCUUCACUCGCUUCUUUAAAUGGGAGUCCGCAAAAUCUGCAAUGCUGGGAAACUCAUUUCAAAGGAAGCUUACAAUCAUGAAAAAUGGGGGUGCUCCACCUUUGAUUAAACCCAAACGAAGAGCAACAGUAUCUUAUGGGGGAAGGUCUGUUAGUGUGCCAGAUAAAUCCCAGCGUUCACGGAGCAUGUCUGUUAGUGCUGACCAUGUUCGUGUGAGGGGAAGAUCUCCAGCCUUUAAUGCACUAGCAGCUACCUUCGAGAGCCCAAAAGAUAGGAACCUUUCAACUCCACCUCCAAUGAUUAGAAAACUGUACCCAAAAUCUAUGACACCGGAUUCGGCAAAUCUGGCAUCUAAAUCUUCAGCCAUAGCUCGACUUAGUUCUAGUUUUGAACCUACAGCACGAGAAAAUUUGAUUCCUCGAUCAGUGAAAGGUAUGCAAUGGAUGAGGAGUUCAGAUACCUCCAAAUCAAACCCUGAGACAAAUGACAAGGAGGAUUCUAUGAGCAGUAUACAGGAAGGUAUGCAAGAGGGAGAAGCUGAAGAUGAUGAAGGUGUCCCAGUUUACCCAUAUGAACGCAUUAAUACAGCUUCUACAGAUCCUGUAGAAGACAUUGACGUUACUAAAAGAGAGGCUUAUUUGUCAUCUGCGGAGUUCAAAGAGAAAUUUGGAAUGGUUAAGAGCGAUUUCUACAAGUUGCCAAAAUGGAAACAGAACAAACUCAAAAUGGCCAUUCAGUUGUUCUGAAUCUUAAAGCAUGCUUUGCCUUCUGUCUGCUCCGUGCAGUUCAGGUUGCAGGAAGAAGGAAUUUGCUUGUCAAAGUUUAAUUUUUUUUCCCCUUAGCAACACACCUUUAAACGGUAGAAUCUCAUGAUUAGUGAGACCAGCAUGAGAUUUCGUUUGUUUAUUGAAUGGAGAUUGGAGAGUAUUGCAUAGCUCGGGGAGCUUGCUAUCUGUUUUGCACUGUGAAACUGAACAUGUGGAAUGAAAGGGACUGCAUCAGUGUUUAACAUAGCUGCCUCUGCUCCCAAGAAGCUUUUUCAUAUUGAAGAUAGAAAUAGAGUUUGUUUUCUUUGCACUGGUUUGAUGUUUAGGGUUCUUUCUUUGAUGAUAGCUGCUUGGAUUUAAAUUUAUUGGGCAAGGGUUGUUUGUGAGCUUGCCUUUUUGGGUUUCUUGUUAACCAUUUUUUCAUUCAAAAUUGAUUUGGCGCAGCAAUUGGGCUUGCAAUACUUAGGUUGUAUGAUAACUGAGAUGAAGUUGUAC